AGAAUAACCUCGUUUCGCGAGCGAUAUCUCGCUAGUAUACGAAACGUCGACUUUUCCCAAUCGAGAAAAAAGAGAAACUUUUCGGUUUUCACUUCGACAAUGUGAUGUGAUUUCUCUUUUCAACAUUGAACUGAACGGUUCGUUUGGUAACCGCUUAUUGCGAUCGAACGUUUUUUAUUUUGUUUAAACGCGUUUAAAUAUUAUUAUGUGAAUUUCGUUGAUGCGCGAAUGUUCGAUGUUUUCGUUUUUGGUUGUGCGGAACGUUGGAUGUUUAAGGAUUCGAUGUGAAAAGUAAUUCGUAGGAUCGAGUGAUCGUGCUACACCAUUUAAAUGUAAUAAUGACAAGUUUCACGUUGCUAGCCAUUUUUGGAUUAAUACCUUCAAUUCAACUCGGUUUGUGCGGUAAACCGGCGGAGCCCUAUUAUGGUAAAAAAAUCGGAAGAUUGGUGGAAUUUGCCCAUGGUAUAAAAGGUACCGCGUACGCUGUAGACGAAAGUACAAUAUUUAUAAAAGGAUUCUGUUAUGAUGGUACUGGUCCGGACGCUUUUUUCUGGAUUGGAAAUUCUCCCAGACCUAGUCCCGAAGGAAUUAUCAUACCGUAUCCGGAAGAUUACAGCGGCAGGGAUCCACCGGUAUUACGGGCUUACAAUAACACAGACAUAAUUCUUAGGCUUCCGAUGGGAAAAAGAAUUAGGGAUAUCCGAUGGCUGUCCGUUUGGUGUAGGCGAUUCACGGUAGAUUUCGGCGAAGUUUUUAUUCCACCAAAUUUAGAAGUACCCAAACCGCGGGUUCUACCAGAAUUCAAAAGGUUAGCUCACGGGUUACGUUCGGACAAUAUCAGUAUUUUAGACGCAAAAACUUUUUACAUUCCAAAUUUACAUUACGACGGCGCCGGUCCGGAUGCUUAUUUUUGGGUGGGAAAUGGAUCGGAGCCAACGUCUUUCGGCAUCAAAGUACCCAACGAAAUGGGUUCUCUCGAUCCACUAAGAGGUUACCAAGGUGAGGACAUUGAAAUUCAAUUACCGGGACUGUUAACGGUGUACGACAUUGAUUGGUUGGCGGUUUGGUGUGUUCAAUAUAGGCACAAUUUCGGCCAUGUUCAUAUACCGAAAGAUAUUGAUGUUCCUCCUGCCCUCGGCCAAACAAAAGUUUCACCUCCUUGGUGGUAUAAUCCGACCAGUACAACACCUAGAACUAUUCCUCCAGCAAAUUGUCGGGAAUUUUUAGAUAAAAGAUUACAAGUUCGAUGGCAGAUAGAAGAUGAUUUUGUUGAUAUUAUUUUAACAGCCAAAAUACCAGAGGAUCAAUACAUAGCUUUUGGAUUAUCAGGUGCCUCAGGAAAACCCCAAAUGGUGGGCGGUGAUGUAAUCGUCGCUUUCUACGAUACGGAAACUGAAACUUUCCACGCUGAAGAUUAUUACAUAUCCCAUACCGCCCAAUGCGACGGUAAACAAGGCGUUUGUCCUGACGAACGUAUUGGGGGAAGGAACGAUGUUACACUGAUAUCCGGCUCUCGCGAUAACGGAAUUACCUAUAUCAAAAUCAGGAGACCUUUAAAAACGAACGAAGCAAUCCACGAUCAACCGAUUCCGCUUCAAGGUUCAGUAUCCGUUAUCGCUGCUUUCGGACCAUUGAACUCGUUAAAAGAGGCCAACGCUCACAAUGCUGACGAUAAAACAACCGAAGAUUCACGAAUCGAUUUUAGCAAUUACGAAGACCACGAUUGCACCGUUGAUCUAGAGGAUUUGGGUACCCAAAAUGGUCCGAAACCGUGGAAACCUGCCGUAAUUAUAGGAGAAACCAUAUUUAAUGCAAGGUUAGGUCCGGCCGGCGGUAAAAGAGGAUACACCGCAAUCACGGGACAGCCAUCUUGGGGCAUAGCGUGGUACCUCAACGAUCUUCUAAUUCCGGAGAUCACUUUGGAACGCGGUCAGACGUAUACGUUCGUUGUGGAAGGCGGCGACGACAGUACCAAUCCGGCAAGGUAUCAUCCUUUCUAUAUAACGGAUUCGAAGGAAGGUGGAUUCGGUCAGAAGUCGCGCGAAGAUCAAAGGAAACAAAAAGUUUUCGCCGGAAUAGAAUACAACGAAGAAGAUUAUCCGUACCCGAGUUUGGCCGGAAGGUAUUGCGAAUGGACCCACAAGAGCGUCGAUAGAUCCGCGGAAUCGGAAACGUUCGAUGAAUUUAUCAAAACUUUGAGGUUGGAAUGUGAUCAAGGCGAACCGGCGUAUUUGAAUUGGACUGUUCCGUCGGAUGCUCCAGAUCUGCUUUAUUACCAGUGUUAUACGCACACCAACCUUGGUUGGAAGAUACACAUCGUGGAACCUGGUUACAUCUCCCAAAUAAAUAGUGAAAUUAGCAAUUCACUGUUGAAUCCAACCGCACUUAUUCUAUCUUCGUUACUACUGUCAACGACGAUAUUUAAGAUUAUAUUUUUUUAUCUGUAACGAAGAGUCGCGUUAUUUUUAAGUAUUGACUGAAAGUUUUUAAAAAUUUAUAUACUAUCCAUGAAAAUUACUAGAUAAUAUUCAAUUACUAACAGCGUUUUUGUCGAAGACUAAUUAAAAAAAUAAUGUGCUUUAGUAAAUGAAUAUAUUUUCGAUAUUGGGUAAGUCCUACUUCAUAUCAAUUAAAUGUUUUAAAGUAAUUAUUGAUAAGGAUAAAAUAACGCAUGUCAUUUAUACGAAAGUGCAAGACACAUAACACAUUACUUUUAAUAAAUUAUUUUUUAUGUUAAUUAUGAAAAUAUGACGACUAUUCCCGAACCAACACGAGUGCGUCUGAUACCCAUUAUUACACACGCAGUGUUGCCCACUCUAUCGAUUAUUCCGUAUAUCUACAGUAUUCAUAUUUUGUAUAUGAAUCUACGAAAUAAUGUAUGUGACAUUUGUGAUCCAAAAUAGAUUAUAUAAAAAUUCAGAUAUAAAAAAAUUUCAAAAACGUAAGGAAUUAUUUUAGCCUGAAAGUUUCAACUGGUAUACGAUUUUUUUUCAAUAAAGCAGUACGAAUUUCUAAAUUUACAUAUGGCAACAUUGAUUAUUAGUUUUAAUAUAAAGAGGUUUAAUUAAUUUCUGACAGAUGCCGACUAUUUCCGAACCGACACGAGUGCGUCUGAUACUCAUUACACACGCAGUGUUGCCCACUCUAUCGAUUAUUCCGUAUAUCUACAGUAUUCAUAUUUUGUAUAUGAAUCUACGAAAGAAUGUAUGUGAUAUUUAUGAUCUGAAAUAGUUUAUAUGAAAAUUCAGAUAUAAAAAAAUUUCAAAAACGUAAGGAAUUAGUUUAGCCGGAAAGUUUCAACUGGUAUACGAUUUUUUUUCAAUAAAGUAGUACGGAAUUUCUAAAUUUACAUAUGGCAACAUUGAUUAUUCGUUUUAAUUUAAAGAGGUUUAAUUAAUUUCUGACAGAUGCCGACUAUUCCCGAACUGACUCGAGUGCGUCUGAUACUCAUUACACACGCAGUGUUGCCCACUCUAUCGAUUAUUCCGUAUAUCUACAGUAUUCAUAUUUUGUAUAUGAAUCUACGAAACAAUGUAUGUGACAUUUAUGAUCUGAAAUAGUUUAUAUGAAAAUUCAGAUAUAAAAAAAUUUCAAAAACGUAAGGAAUUAGUUUAGCCUGAAAGUUUCAACUGGUAUACGAUUUUUUUCAAUAAAGCAGUACGGAAUUUCUAAAUUUACAUAUGGCAACAUUGAUUAUUAGUUUUAAUAUAAAGAGGUUUAAUUAAUUUCUGACAGAUGCCGACUAUUUCCGAACCGACACGAGUGCGUCUGAUACUCAUUACACACGCAGUGUUGCCCACUCUAUCGAUUAUUCCGUAUAUCUACAGUAUUCAUAUUUUGUAUAUGAAUCUACGAAACAAUGUAUGUGACAUUUAUGAUCUGAAAUAGUUUAUAUGAAAAUUCAGAUAUAAAAAAAUUUCAAAAACGUAAGGAAUUAGUUUAGCCGGAAAGUUUCAACUGGUAUACGAUUUUUUUUCAAUAAAGUAGUACGGAAUUUCUAAAUUUACAUAUGGCAACAUUGAUUAUUCGUUUUAAUUUAAAGAGGUUUAAUUAAUUUCUGACAGAUGCCGACUAUUCCCGAACUGACUCGAGUGCGUCUGAUACUCAUUACACACGCAGUGUUGCCCACUCUAUCGAUUAUUCCGUAUAUCUACAGUAUUCAUAUUUUGUAUAUGAAUCUACGAAACAAUGUAUGUGACAUUUAUGAUCUGAAAUAGUUUAUAUGAAAAUUCAGAUAUAAAAAAAUUUCAAAAACGUAAGGAAUUGUUUAGCCUGAAAGUUUCAACUGGUAUACGAUUUUUUUCAAUAA